AUGGGGGAGAGCAUACACGUGGCUCGAUCCAAAGGAGAUCAACAUCAGAAACAACAGAACCCAGUUGUGAGUUUAUGCUCUAAUCUAGCAAAGACAUGGGUCACCACCACUAUCUUCCUCUUCAUCUUCUUCAUCAUCGUCCUUGGUGCUUCACUUUGCUGGUUGAAUAUGUUUGUAUUAGGUGGGAGUAGAAUCCAAGUGUCACCAAUAUUCACAACAAAAUUCAAGAACACAACUAUCCCCAAGAUCGCCAUCAAUAUCCCAUUAAACUGUACACUCCUCAACAACAACAUGACACAAACAUGUCCUUUAAACUAUCCAACCAAGUUGGAACCAGAAAUCUCUUCCUCGGAGACUUGUCCUGACUACUUCAGGUGGAUCCAACAAGACCUAAAGAUAUGGCAAGAGACAGGGAUCACAAGAGAAACACUAGAGAGAGCAAAACCUAAUGCUCAUUUCAGGCUAGUGAUAAAGUCAGGGAGAUUGUAUGUUCAUCAAUACGAUAAAGCAUUUCAGACAAGAGAUGUGUUCACAAUUUGGGGAAUACUCCAGCUUCUAAGAAUGUAUCCUGGUCAAGUCCCUGAUCUUGAGCUUCUUUUCCUCUGCCAUGAUAAACCCGGCAUCUGGAAAAGAGACUUUAGACAAGACAACAAUGCCACGUGGCCUCCUCCACCGCUGUUCCAUUACUGUGGUCACCGUGAUGCAUACGACAUCGUCUUUCCUGAUUGGAGCUUUUGGGGCUGGCCGGAGGUGAACAUAAAGGAGUGGAACAAGUUGUCGGAGGCGAUAAAAGAAGGGAACAAAAAGGUGAAAUGGGAAGAUAGGGUUCCGUACGCUUAUUGGAAAGGAAAUCCGAUGGUUUCUAUUUCAAGGAGAAACUUCAUGAAAUGUAACUUUUCGGACAAGUAUGAUCCCAUGGUUCGUCUGUAUGUCCAGGACUGGAGAAGAGAGGUUAGGGCAGGGUUCAGAGGAUCAAACCUAGAAGAUCAAUGCACUCACAGGUACAAAAUAUAUAUAGAAGGGAAUGCAUGGUCGGUGAGUGAGAAAUACAUAUUAGCAUGUGAUAGCAUGACUCUACUGAUUAAACCAGAGUUUUAUGAUUUCUUCGUAAGAAGUAUGAUUCCAAUGGAGCAUUACUGGCCCAUUAGGCCUCACCAUUGUGGUGACCUCAAAUUUGCUGUUGAAUGGGGUAACAAAAACACCGACAAGGCACAAGUCAUAGGGAGACAAGGAAGUGAGUAUAUGAUGAAGAAUCUAGAGAUGAAGUAUGUGUAUGAUUACAUGUUGUAUGUGUUGCAAGGCUAUGGGAAACUGAUGAAGUUGGAUGUGACUGUGCCUGAAAAUGCGACUGAAGUGUGUUCAGAGACGAUGGCUUGUCCCAUCACUGACGGUGGACUGAUCAGACAGUGCAUGGACGACUCGUUGGUUAUGUCUCCGAGCGUCAAGCCUGCUUGUGAUUUGCCGCAGCCUUAUGGAGAUGAUGAGCUCAAAAGUUUCCUUGAGAAACAAGAACGUGGGGAGAGAGAGGUUGAGACAUUGACCGAUGAGUACUGGGAGGUCGAAAACAAGAAUUCUUCAUUGUAG